GCGCGGGCGGCGCAGGCGCGUUGCGGCGGCGCGGUGGUCCCGCGUGCGGGCGGCAUGUCGGCGCUACGCUGGGGCCGCGGCGCGGCGGGGCUCGGGCGGGCCCUGUGGCCGGCGGGCCACCCCGGCCUCCUGGCCGAGGAAGGGGCCCUCGCCGGCGUCUGGGGCCGCAGGAGCCGCUCGUCCGCCAGCCCCUGUGAGCAGGACCGCCGCAAAGACUGGGGCCACGCGGAGCUGCUGGAGGAUAUCCACUGCCUCCUGCUUCCCCUCCUGCCACACGUCCAGUGUGUGUCCAGCAGCCAAGAGAGAGUGCUCGAGGCGCGGGUGCGGCAGCUGCAGGCCGAGGGCGUGGCGGAGGUGACCGUGAAGAGGGUGCCUGUGGCUCAAGCCCCGGAGGCUGGCGGCGGCAGCGGCGGCGUGCAGCCGCCCGGGCGGGCCCAGGCGGGGGCCGAGGGGGCCGCCCCCGUGCCUAGCAGCCGCUGGGCUCAGAAGCUGGACGAGGAGCAGCGGCUGAUGGAGAAGCGCAAGCAGCGGCUGCGGGGGAAGCUGCAGAAGCACGUGGAGAAGCUGGCCUGGCAGAGGCAGCUGCGCGUGGAGCCCCGCCUGCUGAGCAGGAGACUGGCGGGGCAGCUGCAGUGCUGGCAGCAGGGGGCGCCCCGGAGCCCCUGGGAGGAGCAGCUGCUCUGGCUGCUGCAGGAGGCCCCGCCCAGGCUGGGCCGCGAGGCGCCGGCCACCCCCGCGGGCAGGGGCCCCGCCUCGCGGCUGGAGGGCCCACGGCAGAGGCUCCUGUCCUUCUUUGAGUGCUGCCUGCUCACGGGCCACCUGCCCCUGGCGCACCACGUGCUGGUCACGCGGCACAGCAAGUCCCAGCACCAGCGGCUGCUCACGCUCCCCGCGUACAACACCGUCAUGCGCGGCUGGGCCCGUCGGGGCUCCUUCAAAGAGCUGGUAUACGUGUUGUUCAUGCUGAGAGACGCCGGCCUUGCCCCAGACCUGCUGUCCUACGCGGCUGCCCUGCAGUGCAUGGGGCGCCUGGACCAGGACGCCAGCACCAUCCGAAGGUGCCUGAAGCAGAUGGCGCAGGACGGGCUGCAGCUGCAGGGGCUCUUCACGGCCGCGCCGCUGAGCACCGAGGAGCGGGCCGAGCUCCUGCGGGCCGUGCGCAAGGCCAAGCCUGCCUUCAGCCCCCCGCGGCUGCCCGUGUCCCCACCCCCGGUCAACACCUCGCUGCUGCUCCGGGAGAUCUACUCCAAGCAGGAGCCUGCUGUGUCCUACCCGAGACUGCACUUGUCCCUGAAGGAGCUGCAGGGCCUCUUCCGACAGCAGCUCCGCAUGGAGAUGGCCGCCACCGUCACCGUGGAGUCCGUGGAGAAGGCGCCGCUGCUGACCAAGGAGGUCCUGCAUGCGAGGAAGACCCUGGUGGGCCUGCGCGCCCAGUGGAGGACGGCGCUGUGCCGGGAGCUGCAGGAGACCAGGGAGAGCGAGGCCCGCGCUGCCCAGGAAGGCCGCGCCUCGGUCUUCCCGUACCUGUGCCUGCUGCGCGACGAGGACCUCGUGGGGAUGCUGCUGCAGACCCUGCAGGCGCUGCCCUCGCAGGGAGAGUCGCUGCUCUUCCUGGCGCGUGAGCUGGGGCUGCGCAUCCUGAAGAGGAAGCGGCUCAGAAACCAGGUGCAGGAGCUGGAGCAGCGCUACUCUGCGUACCUGCACCUGCUGGCCUCCGACACCCAGGUGGCGGAACCCCGCCUGCCACGACAGCACUGGGAGGCACUGGGGCUGCCCGAGGCCCCCCGUGAGCCGUCCUGGCCUGUGUCCGUGCUCCUGCAGCUGGGCAAGGUGCUGGUGGAGAUGCUGGUGCGCACCGUGCAGAUGCCCAGCAACCUGGCGGCACCCCAGGGCCCCGGCACGCUCAUCCCCGUGCUCUACCACGUCUACUCCUUCCGCAGCUGCCGCCAGAUCGGCAUCCUGAAGCCGCACCCGGCCUUCACGCAGCUGCUGGAGACGGCGGCGGAGCGCACGCUGACCUUCGAGUCGACAGACGUGCCCAUGCUGUGCCCGCCGCUGCCCUGGACGUCACCCCACUCGGGCGCCUUCCUGCUGAGCCCCACCAAGAUGAUGCGCUCGGUGGAGGGCACGCAGCAGCACCAGCUCCUGCUUGAGCGCUGCCCGCCCACUGCGCUGCACGGCGCUCUGGAUGCCCUCACCCAGCUGGGCAACUGCGCCUGGAGGGUCAACGGGCGCGUGCUGGACCUGGUGCUGGCGCUCUUCACCGACAAGGGCUGCCCGCGCCUGGGGGUGCCGGCCCCCCCCUCCCAGGCCUCCCAGCCGCCCGAGGGCCGCCUGCUGCCCAGCGCCCUGCCCGCCAACAAGGCCGAGCUGCGGCGGGAGCUGGCCCGGCGCCUGAAGGUGGUGCGGGAGAUGCGGAGCCUGCGUGCCGAUGCGCUGUACCGCCUGUCGCUGGCCCAGCACCUGCGGCACCGCGUCUUCUGGCUGCCGCACAACAUGGACUUCCGCGGCCGGACCUACCCCUGCUCGCCGCACUUCAACCACCUGGGCAGCGACCUGGCCCGCGCGCUGCUGGAGUUUGCCCAGGGCCGCCCACUGGGCCCCCACGGCCUCGACUGGCUCAAGAUCCACCUGGUCAACCUCACAGGGCUCAAGAAGCGCGCGUCGCUGCAGACACGCCGGGACUAUGCGGACACGCUGAUGGAGGACAUCCUGGACUCGGCGGACCAGCCCAUGACGGGCCGGAAGUGGUGGAUGCGGGCUGACGAGCCCUGGCAGGCCCUGGCCUGCUGCAUGGAGGUCGCUCAGGCGGUGCGCGCACCCGACCCCGCUGCCUACGUCUCCCACUUCCCAGUUCACCAGGACGGCUCCUGUAACGGCCUGCAGCACUACGCCGCCCUGGGCCGUGACAGCGUGGGGGCCGCCUCCGUCAACCUGCUGCCCUCGGAGCUUCCCCAGGAUGUGUACAGCGAGGUGGCUGUGCAGGUGGAGGAGUUCCGCAAGCAGGACGCCGAGCAGGGUGUGCGGGUGGCCCAGGUGCUGGAGGGCUUCAUCAGCCGCAAGGUGGUCAAGCAGACGGUGAUGACCGUGGUGUACGGUGUCACCCGCUAUGGGGGCCGCCUGCAGAUCGAGAAGCGCCUCCGGGAGCUGCACGACUUCCCCCAGGAGUUCGUGUGGGAGGCCUCUUACUACCUCGUGUGCCAGGUGUUCAACAGCCUGCAGGAGAUGUUCUCGGGCACCCGGUCUAUCCAGCGCUGGCUGACCGAGAGCGCCCGGCUCAUCUCCCACACGGGCUCCGCCGUGGAGUGGGUCACGCCCCUGGGUAUCCCCGUCGUCCAGCCCUACCACCGCGACUCCAAGGUCAUGAUCAAAGGCGGCCUCCAGAGCCUCACCUUCAGCAGCAGCGCGGACACCAGCCAGAAGCCCAACACGCUGAAGCAGAAGAACGGCUUCCCGCCCAACUUCAUCCACUCGCUGGACUCCACACACAUGAUGCUGACGGCCCUGCACUGCUACAGGAAGGGCCUGACCUUCGUCUCCGUGCACGACUGCUUCUGGACGCACGCGGCGGACGUCGCCGUCAUGAACCAGGUCUGCCGCGAGCAGUUCGUCCGUCUGCACAGCCAGCCUAUCCUCCACGACCUGUCCAGGUUCCUGAUGAAGCGCUUCUGCUCCGAGGCGAGGACCUCCAAGAGCGUCUGGGUCUCCAGGCUGAUGGACACGCUGCUGUCGGUGCCCAAGACAGGGACCUUCGACCUGGAGCAGGUGAAGCGCUCCACCUACUUCUUCAGCUGACGGCCGCGCCGCCCGUGCCCUGCUGUGAAUAAACCUCUGUCGCCUCGCGGGGCUGCGGCCUCGGGGAGGGCGUUCCGAGCAAUCAC